AUGCCUCCCAGCCUCCCAGCCGCCCUUGUGGUGAUCUCCGAAGACCAAGUCCGGACGUCAUGGAGCAAUCCACCAUCGAAAUUCCUGAUCCUAUUUGCAACUAUUAUCAGGUUAAUAUUAUUGUUCUUUUGUGGACAUGUGGAAGGAGCCAGAAUUCUGGCACCUUUCUUUCUACCUGUUCGAAGUCACUUUAUGAUGACAAAUGCCAUUAUAAGAGAGCUAGUGUAUCGUGGACAUGAGGUUACCUUUAUAACACCAUUUUCGUUGGCCAAGGAAAACCUGGGAGCCAACUACACGGAAGUUCUUUUACCACUUUACAACACAUGGGCUGAUAUUUCCGAUCUAAUGAAGACCACUUCGGCUCUGGAUAUGGUUGAUGUACCCAAAUGGACAACCAUGAAAUUGGGCCAACACAUUGGUAUUAAGUCAACGGAUUUUGCUUUGGGCCAACCCGAAGUUCAAAAGCUAAUUCAUGCCAAGGAUAAAGUAGGAAAAUAUGACCUUCUCCUGGUGGAACAGUUUUACAAUGAAGGAGCCCUAAUAUUUGGGCAUCUCUACCAAGUUCCGGUCAUUACCAUUUCAACUUUUGCCUUUGCCAACUAUUUUAGCCAAAUUUUUGGCUUUAUAACUCCAUUAUCGUAUGUUCCCAAUAUUUUUUUAUCCUGCACUGAUAAAAUGACCCUGUGGCGGAGACUGGAAAAUGUUGUAAUUGGAGCAGCAGAGGAUUUGCAUAGAGAAGUUUUCUAUUAUCCGAAACAGGAUGCCAUUCUAAGAAAGUAUUUUGGAAAUUUAUUGCCAGAGGUACCAAGGGUUAAGGAAUUGGAAAGAAAUAUAUCGGCCAUAUUUUUAAAUAGCUAUAUGCCGUUGACUUCACCAAGACCCAUGCCCUUUAACAUGAUUUCUGUGGGAGGACUGCACAUCCUGCCACCCAAACAAUUGCCAGGACAUAUACAAAAGUUUCUCGAUGAAGCGGAACACGGUGCUAUAUACUUUAGUUUGGGAUCUCAAGUACGCAGUUCUGACAUGCCCGAAGAGAAGCUAAAGAUCUUCCUUAGUGUCUUUGCCAGACUUAAACAACGUGUUUUGUGGAAAUUUGAAAACGACAAAUUGGCAAAUCUCCCCGAAAAUGUAAAAGUGGAGAAAUGGUUACCACAAGCCGACAUAUUGGCCCAUCCAAAGGUGAGGGUUUUCAUAGCUCAUGGCGGACUCUUUGGCAUGCAGGAGGCAGUUCAUCAUGCAGUUCCUGUGCUCGGAAUGCCCUUCUAUUUCGAUCAGAAUUCCAACAUAAAUGAGGGCAUAGCUGCUGGUUAUGCCAUUGGAUUGGACUAUCGGUACAUAUCGGAGGAAAAACUUGAAUUGGCCCUCAAAGAGUUACUUACAAAUCCCAAAUAUAAAACUAACAUGGAUCGAGCUUCCAAGAUCUUUCGAGACCGUCCUCUCAGAGCUAUGGAUACAGCCAUGUAUUGGAUAGAUUAUGUCAUUGAGCAUCGAGGAGCACCGCAUAUGGUGGCCGAGGGUGUUAACCUUCCCUGGUACCAAUUGUAUCUACUGGAUGUCAUGGCUAUUAUAGUAAUUACAAUAUCAUUAUUUGUUAUGAUAUUAUAUAAAACUUUUCGAGUGUUUAAAGCAUCGAAAAGAAUUUCGAAUAUAAAGAAGAGGCAAUAA